UAUUGUGGGAUAUGAAGAAAACGCCUCAUUUAUUUCUUUGUGUCUUCAAGAAAGCCAAUAUUACGAAUGUUAAGUCUCGCUCGCCUAGGCACUUUCUUUGUAAACGAUAGAUGGUGGCGGCUAGCGAGGCAAAAUUAGUCUCAUUUGAUUCGAGUGGGGAACCAUGAAAGGAUAUUACUGUUUACGCAUUGCUUGCGAUCAAGAUAACGUCACAAAUGAUUUAUUCAUCAGUUGCACUCACCUGUCAGAGUUACAAUGCACCUGUACUGCGCGUGCCAUCCGCCAAUUUGACCACAAGACAAAGAUAUGCUAAAACACUCAUUCGUUGAGAGAUAACACAUAACACAUGGCUUGCGAAGAUACGAGUAACGCCGCAAGCGAAUAGCUAGGCUCUCGAACACAUCAUUUCUCGUUGAUCUAAAUCGUUCGCUUUCAAUACUCUGCAACAAGUGGCUUCCUUGUAUUCCAGUUGACGCUAUUCAACGACAGUAGGGCUCUUCACUUGGCGCGUAAGUACGUCUAACUCGCCUAUAUUAAUAAGUUGUAGUUGGUAAACAGAGAAUUCUCUGAUUUAAAGGAAAUGAGACGUUAAGUUUGUGAACGAGUUCCACAACAAAAGGACUUAGUGAUGAAACCGCAACGUGUUCAGAGGUUUAUCAAGUAAACAAGUUUUUAAAAGUGAGGGAUUAAUCUGUCUGGGUAUGCGCGUGCCAAUCGACCGUAAACUGCUGUUCUUUGUUUCCAACCAAAUGUUGACAAGUAAAAUUGGGAACUGUUGAGUUGAACUUUGUGCAUUAAGGAAAACUUCGUCCGUUCUCUACAAGGCGAGCAAUUUAGAGAUCAUUACUCCAUUUUAAAGGGAAGUUUGAAGGGCGCAACACCUAAGAGAGGUAAAGCUAAAGGAAUGGAGACGAUGAUUGGUAUAAUAUUAAUGAUCACCAUGGCAACAAAUAUUCAUUACGUAACCAGCCAAGUUCGUCGCUUGAUAGUAAAGGGCGAGAUUGUCAUUGGAGGUCUGGUACCGAUACACGAUCAUGACUUAGUGGAUCAAACGCAUUGCGGAGAUCUUCAUGAACGCAUUGGUAUCCAAAGACUUGAGGCCAUGCUCUUUGCCAUCAACAACAUAAACAAAAACAAUUCCAUUUUGCAAGGUGUCACCCUUGGGCUAGAGGUGUAUGACACCUGCUCUAGCGAGACAGUGGCUCUGGACAGGGCCUUACACUUCGUGCAAGACAGGGAGGCUAUCCGGGAACAUCUUUCCGCAAAUGGUUCCGUCAUGAUGGGUGUAAUAGGACCAUCUUUCAGUUCCAUCUCCGUGCAAGUUGCACAUCUGUACCGCUUGUUCCAGCUUCCGCAAGUGAGUUUUGACUCCACCAGUUAUGAACUGAGCGAUAAAACAAGAUUUGAGUUCUUCUCUCGUACAGUUCCACACGAUCUGUACCAGGCCAAGGCGCUGGUAGACAUCGCUAAAGUCAUGAACUGGACCUACAUCUCAAUUGUUUAUAGUGACGAUUCUUACGGCACGCUCGGCUAUCAUGCUGUCAAAGAGGAAGCAAAAAAAGCAGGUAUUUGUAUUGCUGUAGCCGAGAAGGUUGAAAUAUCUAGUCCAGCUGCUACAUUCAACAUAAUCAUCGAUAAACUCCUGCAAGAGCCCGAAGCCAGAGGCGUGGUAGUUUUCAGCAGUCAGGAACGACAAAUCCGAAAUCUCCUGCAAGCUGCGAAAAGCAAAGGAGCAUCUGGGACUUUUCAGUGGUUAGGAACAGACGCCUGGGGAAACAUGUUGUGGUUAAAAGGCUUGGAAGAUGUGGCAGAGAACACCAUUACAGUUACUCCGAAAACUGUGGAACUGAAAGCUUUUAACGACCAUUUUUAUCGUCUGAAGCCCAGUGUGAACUCCAGUAAUCCAUGGUUUAACGAGUUUUGGGAGCAACAUUUCAAUUGUUCGCUCAAUAGAAGAUUGAAUGGUAAAUGUAGCCGCUUGAGUCUUAACGUUAUGAACAGUCCAGUGGAUAAUCGUGUCGCAAGUGCUAUGGAUGCCGUCAACGUGUUUGCACAUGCACUAGAUGCUAUGCUGAAAGAUAAGUGUUCGGGCGCGAGUGGUGUUUGCGAACGCAUGCGCAAUAUGUCGGGAAGAGAGAUCUUGAAGUAUAUCAGAAAUAUCUCUUUUAUAGGAGAAAGUGGUAAUCAUAUGCACUUCGAUGAAAAUGGUGACGUUGAAGGGCAAUAUGACAUUCUUAUGUUCACAAAGCGUGGAAACGAGUACAAAACUGUUCAAAUUGGCGAAUGGAACUCACACCUGUUGAAAAUGUAUUCACAGGCUCAGUCAGUUUUUGGUGGAGUGUCGUCCUCUUGUCACCCAGUUUGUAAGAACAAAGAAGUCAGAGUGCCUGUUGCUGGUAGAGAAUCCUGCUGCUGGACUUGUACUUUGUGCAAUGGAAACCAUUAUAUAGUCAACGACAGCAUUUGCGAGCAAUGCCCUCUGGGAUACAAACCAACGUACGACGGACGUUCGUGCGUGAAAAUCGACAUCAUGCAUUUUGGAAAGAACUGGAUUCUUUCUUUAUCAGCCACCGCUUUUGCGGGUCUAGGAGUGGUGUCAACACUUUUUGUAAUCGGUGUGCUGAUCAAAUUUGACAAGACACCAUUAGUCAAAGCGUGUGGUCGGGAACUUUCCCAUCUUCUGUUGAUUGGUAUUCUGUUGGCCUUUAGUGUGACGUUUGUUACAAUACUGGAACCUACAGAUGUCACUUGCAUUGCACGUUUCUUUGGUAACGGUGUGGCUCUAACAAUUUGUUACGCGUCCUUGUUUAUAAAGACGAACCGCAUCUCCAGAAUUUUCAAUCGUAAGAACUUAGCUCGUAGACCGAUACUAAUCCUGCCCUUGUCGCAGCUUGUUCUGGUCGUUGGAGUGGUCUCGGUGCAGAUUUUACUUUUGGUAAUGCUUGCGCUUCUCCGGACUCCGCGAGCUAAAUUUUAUUACCCAGAAAUCUCCUCAGUUUACCUCGAUUGCUCGACUUCAAAUCUAGACUUUGGACUGUCUCAAGUGUAUAAUUUUAUACUAAUCACCAUGUGCACGAUUUACGCUUUCAAGACCCGGAAAAUCCCCAGUAAUUUUAACGAAGCGAAAUACAUAGCUUUUGCCAUGUAUUCAUCGUGUGUGGUAUGGCUCGCUUUCUUGGCGGUGUAUUACAUGGAACAAAAAUACGAACUGAAGCCUUUGAUCCUGUGUGUUAGCGUUUCUUUGAUAGCCUUUGCUCUCUUGUGUUGUCUUUAUGGGCCCAAGGUGUAUAUCAUCCUCUUUAGACCACACAGAAAUGUCCGGAGACACGUAAACCCGAGUUUGAGUCUGUCCAGCUUGAGCAAAGAGAAAGGCCAGAAUUCGAAGUCUACGCAUGCGUACGUCGGAAUGAACGAAAAUGCUGAAAACGAGGGUGAAGACAUCCCUGGUAGCAGCGCUGAGGAUGCAUUGGAAAAACAGAAGAUGAUCAUGUCUUCAGAUUCAAGCAAACAUGCCUCAGAGACGUGUUCGGAGGAAAACAGUGACCCCACCAAGAAGCUUGAGGUAUGUAUCAAUCACUUUUUUUACUUUAAAUUGAUCUAUCACAUCUUCAUUCAGUGAAGCAUUUUGCUAGGAGCUCUCUAUUCAUAACUUU